AAGAAUCUUGUCUUGAAUGGUCUAGAAGCCACUCUCUGAUUUCCAUUGUUGUCAUGUGACUUGUCUUGUGUUUUAUCAGCCAUUUAAUGACUCAAGUUGCAAAAUUUCAAAUUCAAGAACGUGUUUCUUAACACAUUGAUUUAAAGGUGUUGUGCCAUUCGUGAAGGAGUGCACUGAGAAGUGAUUUCUGUUAGCUUCACUUUCAAACGGGUCCACACUUUUUUUUGGUUUAAGUUCCUGGUCGAUUUGGAAGAUGCUGUGUGCUUGUUCCGGAGAACAAUUCAAAUUUGAAGAGGCGCCACAGUCACCGGAGUCUCUGGCAACAAGGGAUUUCUCUGCCAAUGGGCUUUCUUCAAGGACUGGGGAUUCGGAAUCCAAAUUUGAUGAAACCCAAGUAGAAGAUGUUGAGUCUACUCUAAAAGAAGCUCUCUCAUUAAACUAUGAUGAAGCUCGGGCUUUGCUGGGGAGGCUUGAAUAUCAGAGAGGGAACUUUGAUGCUGCCCUUCAAGUGUUUCAAGGUAUAGACAUAAGGGCUUUGACCCCAAGGAUGAUUAGGGCUAUUGCUGAAAGAACCAAACAAAGAAAACCACGUUCCAAGAUUGAUAAUGUGCUCUCUAAUGUAUUGUCAAUGCAUUCAGUAAGCCUACUUCUUGAGGCAAUUUUGCUUAAAGCCAAAUCCUUAGAGGAACUUGGGCGAUACACUGAGGCUGCAAAGGAGUGCAGAAUAAUUCUGGAUACAGUUGAAUCUGCUUUACCUAAUGGAAUACCUGAGGGUAUUGGUGAAGAUUGUAAGUUGCAAGAAAUGUUCCACAGAGCAUUGGAGUUGCUUCCAAAUCUAUGGAUGAAGGCAGGUUUUCUAGACGAAGCUGUCAUUGCUUAUCGGCGGGCACUGGUCAAGCCCUGGAAUUUGGAGCCACAGAGGUUGGCUUGUGUACAAAAAGAUUUAGCUACCACACUACUCUAUGGUGGGGUUGAAGUGAACCUACCCUCUCAGUUGCAGGUGAGGGGCCAAACAACACCUAUGAGUAACAUUGAAGAAGCAGUACUUUUGCUAUUAAUACUCUCAGGAAGGAUGGCACUUCAAGAAAUAGAGUGGGAUGCUGAAAUAAUGGAUCAUCUUACAUUUUCACUUUCAAUUACUGGAAUGUUUGAAUCAUUGGCAGAUUAUGUAGAGCAGAUCCUUCCAGGUAUCUAUGAUCGAGGUGAGAGGUGGUACUUUCUUGCUCUUUGUUACAGUGCAGCUGGACACGAUGAAGCAGCCUUGAACCUCUUGAGGAAGGCUUGUGGUAGUUCUGAAGCAAAACAUAGACCCCAUUUUCCUUCGUUUUUGUUUGGUGCAAAACUGUGUUCCCAAUAUCCAAACCAUGCUCAUGAAGGCAUUAAAUUUUCAAGGGAAGUUAUUGAUCUAGCCAAGCAUCAAAAUGAGCAUUUUUUGAGUCAAGGACAAAAAUUUCUCGGUGUUUGCUAUGGGGCUGCGGCUAGAGUAUCUGUACUGGAUUCUGAAAGAAUCAUAUUUCAGAGAGAGUCUUUGAACUUACUAAAUGAUGCUUCUCUAACUACAAAUGAUGAUCCGGAAGCGAUAUUCAGCCUUGGACUGGAAAAUGCAAUGCAAAGGAAUCUAAAUGCAGCUUAUGACAAUAUAAUGAUGUACUCAGACAUGAUGGUUGGAAGCUCAAGAAGAGGUUGGCAGCUGUUAGCACUCAUAGUAUCUGCACAGCAACGGUUUAAGGAUGCAGAAACUGUUGUUGAUUUUGCUUUAGAUGAGGUUGGGAGGAUAGAUCAAUUAGAACUACUAAGACUGAAAGCUGUACUUCAAAUUGCUCAGAAGCAACCCAAGCAAGCAAUAGAGACCUACAGAAUUUUACUAUCAGUAAUUGAAGCAAAAAAAGAGCAUUGGCUUCAAGCUAAGAACUUCGAUCAAGCAAAACCAUUCAGGGACGAGGCAUUAACAGAACAGAAGUUGGAAAUGGAAGCCUGGCAGGAUUUGGCUACCAUUUAUGCAGAUUUUAGUUCUUUUCUUGAUGCAAAAGCUUGUGUUGACAAAGCCCAGCUAAUAGAUUUUUUCUCUCCCAGAAGUUGGCACAUUACAGGGAAGUUGUUUGAAGCUCAAUCAUUAUACAAGGAGGCCUUUGUUUCCUUCUCAAUCUCAUUGUCAAUAGAACCGGAUUACAUUCCAAGUAUUAUUUCAGCUGCAGAAUUGUUGCUUAAACUUGGUAUGCAAUCACUUCCAAUUGCAAGAAGCUUUUUAAUGAAUGCUUUAAGAUUAGAACCAACAAACAAUGAUGCGUGGUUCAAUCUUGGAUUGGUUUCAAAAAUGGAAGGUUCAUUACAACAAGCAGCAGAUUGCUUUCAAGCUGCAUAUGAGCUGAAACUUUCAGCUCCAGUGCAAAAAUUUGUGUGAUUGAGACUUUUGGAGAACUUCAAUUUUUUUAUGUGGUUGAGGGAAAGUGAGCUAAACCAAGAGCAUAAUAGAAAAGUCAUGAGACGCAACUA